CUUAGUAUGUAGUACUUGAUCGUGUUCCUAGGCGACACCAGCAAAAUUCUUGUUUGGUCAAGUUUGACGAUCGCCGCCACGUCUUGAGCAUAUCGUCAAUGGCAUCGACAGAGCCAACGCACGAAACAGUCAUCAAUGCCGAGCCCAUCGACCAAGAACACCAAAAAGACCAAGAUGCCUCAGAUGCCCAAGCCCAAAUAAUCGUAUCCCUCCGUUCCCAAGUCACCGAUCUCUUCUCGCAAGUCACCCAGCUCAACAGCAAGCUCGUCAAGUCCUACGACCGCGUCUCCGACCUCGAAGAUCAGCUACACGAUUCUGAGAGCUCUCUGCGAAAUGCGACUGUCGCAGUCUCAUCGCUUGAGCUCGAGCGCACCCACCAUCUCGCUGCGCUCGAUACAGGGCUGCUCGUCGAGAAAGAGCAUGUCACUGCUGAGUUGAACAGGCUUAUGGAACGUGCGACGGAAGAAGCUGCCCAGCGUGGGCAAGCAGAGACGGCUAGGAGUGAUAUUGAGAAGGAACUCGAUGAUCUUAGUGCAUCGCUAUUUCACCAGGCGAACACGAUGGUCGCAGAAGCGCGAUUGGCGCGGGCCAACAGCGAACGCAAGGGGCGCGAGGCGGAGGAGGCGCUAAAGGGAGCUGAGGAAGCUGUCAAAGUGAUGCAGACCCAGAUGCAGGCUCUGCAGGCUGAUAAAGAGGAUGCUGAACGUCAGGCGGAGGAGGCGCGACUCAGUAUGACCAAGGGCAAGUGGGUUGAGCGGGACGCGGUUCAUCAGUAUCCGGGAGAUGUACGGAAAAUGCGCUUGGUGACAGUGCAUGUCCCUUACGCAGAGUUCAUUGCGUUUGUGACGCACCUUCGGGGCCUACGGGUCUCACAGGUUACUUCACCUGUUAUCUCCACACUUCUUGGUCUACCCUUCCUUGCACGGUUGCUCACGGAGGAUUCAGAACCGACCGUCCGGCUAGACCUGGCUCCUUCAUUAAACUGGCUCUCCCGGCGGUCCGUUCUAGCAGCGAUCCACACGGGGAUGCUCAUUGUUGAGCCGGUGCCAUUUUCAUCGCUUGUACAGGAGCUGUACCCCCAUUCCCCAACGAACACACCCGUUUCCAUUUCAUGUGCCCUUUGCGGUGCUGCAAUCGUACGUGCCCAAUCGCACGAAAUACCCCCAAUCUCUCCGCUUGCGUCCUUCACGCGCAGCCGCAACAAUAGCCGCCUCACGAAUGGCAACCUUUGGUUCAAGAAUGCACUUUCCAACUCCUCAUCAAGUCAUGUGGGACAUGACGCAGAUAUCGAGCAGCCCGAGCAAGUAUACGUAUUCCGUCUGGCACCUGCCACCCCUGCCCCAGCUAUCGCGCCUGUCUCUUUACCACUUCACACCUCGACGCCUUCCACCUCGACGCUGCCCAUAUCCAGGCCGUCAGCGAACCCCAUGGGGGCAACCCGUACAAACUCUGCUCAAACACAACAACCCUAUCCGUUGUGCACAUCCAAUUACUGUCUCCUGCGCCUCCGAAGUACGUGUUCCCUGUGGGCUUUCGUCCGCACAUGCGUCAUCGAGCGUAUAUGGGAGGAGGAGCCUGUUAUACCCGAUAAGAAGCCUGUGAUUUCGGUUGCGAAUGGGACAGAAAAUACCCAAGAGUCAAGUAAAAAGAACUCUUCUCCGGUUGCGAGCGAAUCUGCGAUCCCUGCUAGUGAGAAGCCUCCUGUACCUCCCCGGCGCAGGCGGCUUUGGGAGAUGGCGAGCGCGCUUGGGGAGAGGGCUGUUAGCUGGACUGAAAAUUCCAAGGAGAAGGAGAAAGAAAAAGAAAAAGAUAAGGAGAAGGAGAAGGAAAAAGACAAGGAGAAGGAGAAGGACGAGGAAAAGGAUAAGAAACUUGCGAGGAAACCUCCGCCGCCGCCGCCACCACCUGCCCACCCUUCUGUUCCCCAUCCACCUGCUCAAUCACCUCCUCCCCUGCCCAGAAGGAGUGAAGGGCGUGGCCAUUCAAUCGACACACCCGCUGCCGUUUCAAAUGAUACUGACAGAAACGCUGGUUCUGAACCUGGGACGUCCGGUUCUCAGGAAUCAUUCACCACUCCCGUUGAUGAAAUGUCCUUUGCUCGCCCAUUUUCCGCGGAUCUGUCUUCUCCGCAAACAAUAACACAGCCCCAGGCCCCGGCUUUACAGCCAGAACGCCCACCCUCCCCACACACCAUCCCCCUGCCAGAGACACCUACGUCACCUGUGUUCCGUGCCGUAUCGCCACCUCCGCGCCCACGUUCUCGUGUGGCCUCUCCAGCUCCCUUGCCUUCACGCGUCUCUUCGCCGAUACCUCAUCGUGCCAGUACACCUAUUGCUCUGAGUCGAUCGAGAGCCGGCUCACCAGCUCCCCCACGCACGGGCUCUCCGUUCUCAUCCUCUAGGGCCACUUCACCUGUACCAAAUAGUGCUCCGCCCGUCCCCAGGCGAGCUCCCGCACGAAGGGCAGUUCCUAUACCUCCCACUGCUUCACAGGUCGAAGCAAAGGAAGGAAUUCCAAUGCCUUCGGCUGAAGUUAGCAAAGAUGAGGUCCCAUCGAAAAUUGAUGCGCCUGCUUCUGAGAAGGAAGAAGAACACAAAGCGUCUUCUCCCCGUGAACAGAAAGCUGUGGCGGGCGAGGACGCUGUAGAGCCCUCCACAACCAAGCAUGACAUCACCGAAACCUCCAACCCCUUACCUGAUGCGAAUAUGAACAGACAUCCGUAUCCCGAAAAGCGAGCGUCCGCAGAUGUUUCUCCCCCCACCACGCAAGCCGUUGUUGUCAACCCAUCCUCCGAAGCUAGCCAAACCAGGCGUGCAUCUGAGGAUUCCAGCACACAUGGGAAAUCUAUCGACACAAGUAGUACAAAGCGCUCUUCUACUACCGACGAGGAAGGUUAUGCCGGUGACGCGACAUGGGAGGAUCGUACGUGGAAAGAAAUCGUACGUUUGAAAGAAGACAUGUUCUGGGCGCGCGUUGGGGGCGUGCGGUAGAGCUCGAAUCGUUUGUAAGUAGGAUAGUGUACCUACAUACUCCCGCUACUCAUCUAUUUCAUGGUAGACUAGAUUUUGUAUACCUACAUGUGCAGUUAUCUGGACUUGUUGUCGAAUUUAGGGUGGACUGGCUUGGACUACACCUCAUCAUAAUCUGUCAUGGUGCCAUGGAAUAUACGGGAGAUACUCCCAGGUAUCGUAACACCUGGUAUCUCGUCCUUCAUCAGAACA